AUGUCGUCAUCCAGCCCCUCAGCGCCUCACGCCCUGAUCCGUCACGGCUCCCACUUAAGGUCGCAACAGUCUGCGUACUGUUUUAGUUUGCAGAAUUACCGCAAUGAGACGGGAGGUAUUGGACGUAUUCCCACCGCAACCUGA